AUGCACUCGGCACCUACCGGCACGCGCCCCCUCAGCGCCCUCAGGGAGGCACCGGGCGGCCGGCGGGCGGGAUCCGGGUGCGGCGGCCGCCGGGGUCCUCACCGGCUGGGGGCGCGGGGCCGGGAACGGGGCCGGUGGGGGGCCCGGGCGGGUGGCGGGGCCGGUGCGGGGCCCUCCCCGCAGCGCCGCCCCGCGGGCGGAGGCAGUCGCCGGGAGCCGGUGCCGCUCCGCUCCCUCAGCCGGGGGCGGCGGCGCGGGCGGGGCGGGGCGGCCCGAUCACCUCAGCGGGAGCUGCCGCGGAGGACGCGCUGGCUGCUGCCGCAGGUGCCUCCUGCCUGCGCAGACCGGCGAGCCCGGAGGGCGGGCGGGCUCCCUCCGCCGCGGGAAGGCGACGGCUCCUCUACCACCUGUGGCGGCGGCGCGGCGGAGCCCGACACCGGCCCGGCGGCCGUGCUGGGCUGCCUGCGGGAGCGACACGCCGCGCUGCUGAGCACCUUCCGGCCGCCGAUGGAGCUGAACGCCGCGGCGGAGCACGGCGGCCGGUCCGCGGUCCUGCGGAGGGAGCUGCUCACCGCCCCGCCGCCGGGGGGCGCGCUGGCGCAGGGGGGCGAUGGCGGCGCCCCGUUCCCCACCGACCCGGCGCCCCCUGAGGAGCUACCGUGGCCGCGGGCCGUCUCCGAGCUGCGGGGCCUCUUCCAGGGCGGCGGCGGCGGGGUACCCCUGCCCACUGGCACGGGGGGGCCCCGGCGGGAGCCACUCCCCAAGCCCUGCAUGCUGCCGGUGCGCUGCGUGCUGCCCCCCGCCGCCGCCACCGCCCCGGGGCCGCCUGAGGAGCCGGGGUCCCCCCUGACACCCCCACCAUUGCUGGAGGAGGAGGCCGGGUCCCGGUCGCCUGGCCUGCGGCGGGGGCCCAAAAGCCAUCGGGCCAGCGAGGAGAUGGCAGCGGUGCCCCUGGAAGAGGCAGAGCACCAGUGGCUGGUGAUGGCGGCCAGCGGGCAGUGGACCCAGCAGCUCCAUGGGCUGCUGCUGGGCGAUGCCAGCUUGGCAGCCCGGAGGGACUUUAUCUCGGGCUUCACUGCCCUGCACUGGGCCGCCAAGAACGGCAACUGUGACAUGGUGACAAACAUCAUCAGAGCGGCCGAGAAAGGGGGCGCCCGCGUCAACGUGGAUGCCAGGUCACAUGGUGGCUACACGGCGCUCCACCUGGCUGCCAUACACGGCCAGGAGAAGAUCAUCAACAUGCUGGUCUACAGCUACCACGCCAAGAUCGACCUGAGGGACUACAGCGGGAAGAAGCCACACCAGUACUUACAGGAAGGGGCCUCCUCUGCGGUCAGGCGCUUGCUGGGAGACCCCAGCCUUCCCAACACGGAGCCCUCUGUGCCCAUCAAGAAGACCACAAAGCUUGCGGCUUCAAUCUUGAGCUCCACUAGCACUUUCUUGGGGGUCAUAUCCGAUGACAUGGCUUUCUACGACCUCACCAAAGGUCUGAGGAAACCCUCGUCCUUAAACAAGCUCCUGGCUGCCACUACAGGCCCGAGGAGGAAGCCAAAGACCAGAGGGGGAUUCCCUUCAUAUUCCUCCCUCUCCGAGGUAACAGAGGAGGAGGAAGAGGUCGUCGUGAAACGCAGACCUGUUUCUGAGCUGUUCUUUGGCCACUAGCUUCUGCCUGCUUGGGAUAAAAGUUGUUUGAUAAUGUGA